AUGGCUAACGCUUUGGUUUUCCUCUCCGAUCUACAUCCUGGCCGCUCUUCCUCCACUGUCCAAGUUCGCCUGCUCCGUUUAUGGGAGUCAUGGAGUGUACGCCGUGGUGGAGAUUACAUUGGAGUCAACAUGCUCCUUCUUGAUUCUCAGGCGACAAUGAUGCCGGCGAAUGUGAGUCUCAACCGGCUCGCGACACACCAGCCUAAUCUGAAAGCUGGUUCGGUCUACUCCCUAACCAAUUUUGAUGUCACUUGCUGUGACAGGGACUGCCGUCUGUCAGACUCUUCCUUAUUAAUCCGGUUGAGCGACUCAACCUCUUUCAAUGAGAGCAUUGAACCGGCUGUUCCGAUACCUCAGGAGUCAUUCCGCUUCCUUAACUACAGUGGGAUGCUUGGUCUUGCGGACUCUAACAAUCAGCUUCCAGACCUUAUUGGGAGAUUACUGGUGUCAAGAGUACUGUUACUGACCCUCCUCAAGACAAGAAUCGUGUCAUGUGACGCGUCUGUGACCAUUAGCCUCUUUGAGGCUCAGGCUGUUAAGAUACAUAAUCAACUCAAGAAGAUGGGAGGUGAUCCAAAGGUUGUCGUUAUAACCAGUGUGAACCCGAGAAUGGUGGGAGGUCGUCUGUAUUUGAAUGCCACAUCUGGCACACACAUAUACUUUCACAAUGAAACAGAUGCAGGCGAGAUAUUUUUGAACAGAUUUAAACUGUAUAUGGAGAGGUACAUGAACGUUGUUAUCGUCGUGAGCAGGUUGGUUGCACAGGACACCGGCCUCGCGCCAGUAGCUCCACUGCUAAAGACUUAUGCUAAGGUGGAGACGCUGAGCAUAGCUGAGCUAAAUGAUUUUGUCAUUACCGCUCCUUCACAGGAUAUUGACUUUAUCUGUAGCGGAAAAGUGACUGGAAUCAAGAUGGACAAUGGAUGGUGCUAUGUUUCCUGUUCAAAGUGUUGCAGGAAACUUCAACGAUCUGUCUCAUCUUUCACGUGUGUGCCUUGCAACGACACCAACGCAAUUGCUGUUAUCCGGUACCGUGUGGAGAUGUCAAUUGCUGACGAAACUGGGGAGGGUUUGUUUGUUGGCUUUGAUGGAGUUAUGGCGAAGCUCCAUAACAUGAGGGCUUAUGAAGCUGUCCAUCUCGUGGGUGGUGAUGGUGUAAAUCCGGAGGAAACUGAUGCCCCACCCUUUGUUAAAGACAUAGCUAGAGGGAAGACUUACAGGUUCCAGGGGGGGGGCGACGACGACAAUGCAGAUGACAACCACCCUGCAGUAUUGGUGCGUGGUAAGGUGGACGUGUGUGGUGGUUGCAAACCUGAAGGACCGUCUGCAAAGGUGAAGAAGGCACGCAAGGCAUAA